GGUCCAACUACUACGCCGUGGACAACGUCCAAGCUCUGGGAAGUGGCUACAACAGAUAUGGAAGCACCGGAACUGGCUACAAUGGAAAUGGCUAUAACAAGAAUGACAACAACAACACCACCACCAACGGCAGUAACGGAAACGGCAACAGCAACAGCAAUAAUGGCUACAAUUCAGUCAACAAUGGCUACAACUCGAAUAACAACGGAUACAACUCAAACAGAAAUGUCUACAAUCCAAACAGAAGUGGCUACAAUUCAAACAGGAAUUAUUAUUACUCAAAUAGAAAUAGCUACAAUCCCAACAGAAAUGUCUAUAACUCAAAUAGAAACGGCUACAACUCAAACAGAAAUGGCUACUAUAGAAACAAUAAUGGCUACUACAGAACCGACAAUGUCUACUACAGAAACAACAAUGUCUACAACCCAAACAGUAAUGGCUACAACCCAAACAGCAAUGGCUACAACCCAAACAGCAAUGGCUACAAUCCAAACAGCAAUGGCUACAAUGGAAACAGAAACGACUACAGCGGCAGUGGUUACAACGGAAAUAACUACGAUGGAACUGGCUUCAAUGGAAAUGGUAACACUGGAAAUGGCUUCAAUGGAAAUGGUAACCCUGGAAAUGGCUUCAGUGGAAACGGCAGGAAAUGAUCUACCACAGUAAUGUAGCGGCCUGUAGUGGCUGUUACGUCUACCAUCUGCCCCACCCCUGGCCACCUCCCCGGUACUGUGUGGCGUCUCAACCCUGGCUGCACCUUCUGUAUGACGUCACAACCAACAUGACGUCACCCUAGCAGAGUGGGAACAUCUAUAGUGCGGUCAAAAAUUUGUGGCGCAAUUUAUUGUUAAUAAAUAUAAAUAUCUCCGUAACUAUCGAGCACAAUGACUUAUACAUGUAUAAAUUAGUCUUACCUUAUGAAUCUUUUUUUAAACAUUUGUACACUGUAUUCUAGAAAAUUCCGUCAUAAAUACUACAUGUAAUUUUUAAAAUCCCAGUCAAUUAUUUACAUUCCUUGAGCUGGUACAAUACUUUACUUUUUUUACUUUUUCUUUCCUCUGGUAUUCUUA